AUGAGUUCAGUUAUCCGUAGCUUAUUUUUUAGAAUAUCUGAAUGUUCAACAACUUCUGCUCAUGGUGAAAAUAAUGAAAAACAUGAUAAUAAAAUGGUAAGAACACCUGGAAUUCCAGCUAUACCAAUAGAUAUUGGAUUCAACAGUGGUAAAGAAACAGGAGGUACACAUAAAACUGGAGUUUCUGAAGGUAUUGCUAGUAAUCCAUUAGUUCCAAUUGGAAUGGGUUUGACUUGCCUUGCUUUACUGGGAAUGUUCAGAAGUUCUUUUACAGGAGACAAAAUGGGAGCUCAAAAAUUUAUGAGAUAUCGUAUUUAUGCACAAUUUGGAACUGUUUGCGCUUUAGUCGCCGGUUUUCUUUAUGCUGGUUCUGUCAUUUUGGAUGAAAAGAAAGAAAAAAAUUAG